AUGCCACCAUCGACUCCCAAGAGCUCGGGGAAGAAGGCUGAUUCGGAAGACUACUCUCCAAAGAAGAGUCAGGAGAAAAAGAAAGCAGUGAAGAAAGAUGAGAAGCCGGCCGGGAGGGACAUAAGAGGAUUUGGAUCCCAAAAACCCACCGGGUCAUCAUCGACUGGGAAUGGAACAGGUAAAAAGCCGAUCACAAUAGAUGACUCAGACGAAGAAGAAGAGAUAGUGGAGCAGAAACCUACUCCUAAACCCACAACAUCGAAACAUUUCGCAGCUUCAUCUUCAUCAUCAAAAAAGCCCAUUGUCCUCGACUCAGAUUCUGAUAAUACACCCGCUCCAGCCCCUACCAGAUCGACCGCUUCGGCAAAAGCCAAGCCUCCUACACCGAAAUCGAAGCCAGCUUCGACUGCUUCAAGCAAGAGAAAGGUCAUCAAAGACUCAUCAGACGAGGAAGAACUGGAGGAUAUCAAACCUGCUAAGAAAAGACAAUCUCUCGCAGGUGGACUGAGUAGAGCGACCGGAAAGAAAUCUGCCUACGUUGAGGAAAGCGAUAGUAGUGAAGAAGAAGUGAAACCCAAGCCAAAAAUAAGGGCAAAGAAGGAGAAAUCUGUUACGCCGAUGGACGUUGAUGAGAGUGAAUCAUCUGAUGGAGACGAUUUCAUCGAUGAUGAUGAGGAUGAUCUACCCAAAAAGAGUAAAAGCAAAGCGAAACCAAAGGCCCCUCCAGCAAAGAAACCUACUCCUGCUAAAAAGCCUGCACCUGCAGCCAAGGCAGCGAAGAAAGAGCUGGAUGAAGAUGAAGAGAAAAAAGAGGAGAAGAAGCCUGCUAACCCCAACUGGAGAGCAGCUGCAGCGGCUCGGGCUGCGGGACCGAAGAAUCCUGGAUCGAAGGAAAUACCUGAAGGUGCACCUGAUUGUUUAGCAGGAUUGACUUUUGUCUUUACCGGUGAAUUGGAUAGUCUAGGUAGAGAUGAAGCGAUGGAGUUGGUCAAGCGAUAUUCUGGCAAAGUCACCGGUGCCCCUUCAGGUAAAACGUCUUUUGUCAUAGUCGGUGAUAACGCAGGAGCAUCUAAACUUAAAACGAUCCAUGAAAAAAAGAUUCCGACGAUGACAGAAGAAGAAUUCUUCGAGUUCAUCCGUUCUAGAAAGGGCGGUCAAUUGGAUGAAAAGGCGAUGAAAGCCAAACAAGCCGAAGAAAAGAAAAUCAAGCAACAGGCUGAGGAAAUGGAAAAACGAGAAAAAGAGGAAGAAAAAGAAAGAAAGAGGAAAGAAAAGGCUCUACAAGGGACCGGUAUCGCUGCAAAGAAAGUUGCACCUGCUUCGUCCCAGCUAUGGACUACAAAGUAUGCCCCACAGAAUCUCAAAGAGGUCUGUGGUAACAAAGCUCCUGUCGAGAGACUUGGGACAUGGUUACAAGAUUGGCAAAAGAAUUACGGUUACGGAUUCAAAAGGCCUGGUAAAGAUGGUAUGGGUAUAUACCGUGCUGUACUCAUUUCCGGUCCCCCUGGUAUUGGCAAGACCACUUCGGCACAUCUGAUGGCAAAGCAAGCUGGAUACAAUCCUAUAGAAUUGAACGCUAGUGACGCUAGAAGUAAAAAGCUUGUCGAGAACGCUACGAACAUAGAUAACACCUCUCUAGAUGGAUUCUUCCAAGGUACAGGAGUACAGAGCACCUCAGUCGUCGAUGUUCGAGUUGAUUCGCGUACAUGUCUCAUUAUGGAUGAAGUUGACGGAAUGUCGGCCGGUGAUAGAGGUGGUGUCGGAGCUUUGAACGUGUUAAUCAAGAAGACAAAAAUACCCAUGAUAUUGAUUUGUAAUGAUAGAACACUACAAAAGAUGAAACCCUUGCAAUCCACGACUUUCAAUAUGACCUUCAGACGUCCGACGCCACCUGAGAUCCGAUCAAGAAUCAUGUCCAUCUUGUUCAAGGAGAAACUCAAGAUACCGCCAAAUGUCGUCGAUGAAUUGGUCAAGGGCGUCAAUUCAGAUAUCCGACAGGUACUCAAUAUGCUUUCGACGUUCAAGCUGAGCAAAGACCAGAUGGACUUUGAUGAAGGAAAGCAACUGGUGAAAGUGAAUGAGAAGAAUACGAUUCUCACACCUUUCACGAUCAUCGAUAAACUUACUGGCCCGUAUGCUUUCUCCAAGACAAGCAGAGAAACACUGAAUGACAGGAUGGAAUACUAUUUCCACGAUUUCAGCUUUGUUCCACUUUUCAUGCAGGAGCAUUACUUGAAAACGCAACCUGCUUUGACGAAUAAUCUGAAUGGACCUGAACAAAAUCUGAAACAUCUGGAGCUGGUCAGUAAGGCAGCAGACUCAAUAUCAGAUGGUGAUUUAGUGGAUCGAAUGAUUCAUGGAUCGGAACAACAUUGGUCGUUAUUACCUUUCCAUGCAGUACAAUCCACAGUAAAGCCUGCUUCCUUGAUUUAUGGACCAGGUAGAAGUACGGGUGCUAGUGGACCUGGUGCAUGGGGUGGUCCUUCUUUCCCUCAGUGGUUGGGUCAGAAUUCAAAACAAGGGAAAUUACAAAGGCAACUCACCGAUAUCCAAAUACGUAUGCGACUCAAAGUGUCUGGUGGCAGGAGCGAGAUCAGAGAACAGUAUAUGCCCAUGUUAGCUAGUAAGAUAGUAUUACCACUGGUACAGCGUGGAACGGAUGCUGUCGAAGAGACCAUCGAAUAUAUGGAUGAGUAUUACCUCAGUAAAGAUGACUGGGAUGCGUUUGUUGAACUUGGAGUGGAUACAAUGUCUGAGAAUAUCAUUAGUAAAAAGAUACCGACUGCGACUAAGAGUGCUUUUACCAGACAAUAUAACAAAGCAGAUCAUCCUAUAGCAUUCCACAAGGGCGAUAUGUUUGCUGCUUCCAAGAAGAAGAUUGCGGAUAUGGGUCCUGCACCAGACAAUGAGGAUGUAUUUGAGGAAGACGAGCCUGUACCGGAUGAACCUUCGGAUAAGGGUGAAGAUGACGAUGAGGAAGUGAACGACGUCACAAAAGAUAAAUUGAUAAAAGCUGUGAAACCUAAAGGAGCAACAGCAAAAGGUAAAGCGAAAGCCAAGAAAUAG